CACCACUCUCUCUGUUCCUCCUCUGAAGAUUAAUUAGCUGGAGACGGAUUUUGGGCCUCUUAAUGAGGAUAUUGCUGCAAUGGUGAAAGGCAAAGCAGAAGAACGGACUCUCCAGUAUCAGCAAACUUUGAUGUAUGGCCGCUACACUCAGGAGCUGGGUGUGUAUGCCAAGGAGGAGGCGGCCCGCCUGCGGGAUGGGGGGAUGCGGGAUGGCAGUGGACUGAGGAGGAACACCAGCGUUCGAAGCCGCGCCGCAGACCUGCCGGAGUAUGAGAAACAUCGGUGUGCAAAGUGCCAACUGUGUGCAUCCCGCUGCCAGAAGUUCCUGAUCUCACGGGUGGGAGAGGACUGGAUCUUCCUCAUUUUGCUGGGGCUGGUCAUGGCUCUGGUCAGCUGGGUCAUGGACUAUGCUAUUGCCUUCUGCCAAGAAGCACAGAAAUGGAUGUAUGGCGGCCUGGACAAUAACAUGGCUCUGCAGUACAUCGCCUGGGUCUCCUACCCAGUGGUGCUCAUCACUUUCUCUGCAGGAUUCACUCAGAUACUGGCGCCUCAAGCUGUUGGUUCAGGUAUUCCUGAGAUGAAAACGAUACUAAGAGGAGUUGUUCUCAAGGAAUAUCUGACUUUUAAGACCUUUGUGGCCAAAGUCAUUGGUCUGACCUGCGCUCUUGGAAGUGGAAUGCCUCUGGGGAAAGAGGGACCCUUUGUUCAUGUUGCCAGUCUGUGUGCUGCUCUCCUGAGCAAAUUCAUGGCUGCUGUUUUUGGUGGGAUUUACAUGUCGGCCGGUCCUAAUUUCCGUGUGCGAGGGCAGCCCACCUUUAAUCAUUCCGGCCCCGAUACUCACUCUCCGUCCAAAGCACCUAAUUGUGAAAGUUUGAUUGAGUGUUAUUUUUUAUUUUUUUGCAACGCCAUGCAUUCAGCAUUUCUGUUUGCUGAAAUGUGUGAUUAUCUUAGUGUACAUUUGUGCGUUACAGGUGUGCUGUUCAGUAUCGAAGUUACGUCAACAUUUUUUGCAGUCAGGAACUAUUGGAGGGGCUUCUUUGCGGCCACCUUCAGUGCUUUCAUAUUCAGAGUGCUGGCUGUUUGGAACCAGGAGGAAGAGACCAUCACUGCCCUCUUUAAGACACGUUUCCGUCUGGAUUUUCCAUUUGACCUUCAGGAGCUGCCGGCAUUCGCCAUACUUGGGAUUGCCUGUGGGUUUGGUGGGGCUCUGUUUGUCUACCUAAACAGACUGAUUGUAGAGUGCAUGAGGAAGCAGAAGACUAUAAACAAGUUUUUGUUGAGAAAGCGGCUGGUGUACCCUGCCCUCGUCACCCUGCUGGUGUCCACGCUCACGUUUCCUCCCGGUUUCGGGCAGUUUAUGGCUGGACAGCUGACGCAGCACGAGUCUCUGGUUACUCUGUUUGACAACCGCACCUGGUGUCGCCAGGGUGUAGCUGAGGAGUUUGACUACAUCAGCCAUCAUCAUGCCUGGAAACACCCCCAGGUCAACGUCUUUAUCACACUCAUCCUCUUCAUCAUCAUGAAGUUCUGGAUGUCUGCUGUAGCCACCACCAUGCCUGUCCCAUGUGGAGCCUUCAUGCCUGUCUUUCUUAUUGGUGCAGGCUUCGGCAGAUUAGUGGGAGAAAUCAUGGCAGCCAUGUUCCCUGAUGGCAUCCAUGCAGAUGGUACUGUGUAUCCUAUAGUUCCUGGUGGCUAUGCCGUUGUUGGGGCUGCAGCGCUCUCUGGAGCGGUCACUCACACUGUUUCCACAGCCGUCAUUGUGUUUGAGCUGACUGGUCAGAUCUCCCAUAUCCUGCCUGUGAUGAUCGCAGUGAUACUGGCCAACGCCGUGGCACAAUCACUCCAGCCAUCCCUGUACGACUCCAUCAUCCGCAUCAAGAAACUUCCAUAUCUGCCCGAGCUGGGGAUGGGACACCACGAGAAGUAUAAUAUCCGUGUGGAGGAUAUCAUGGUCCGAGAUGUGCGCUUUAUCACUCUGAAUUCUUCAUACAGAGACCUGCAGGAGGUGCUGCUGACUGGGCAUCUAAAAACACUCGCCCUGGUUGAAUGUAGAGACUCCAUGAUCCUGCUGGGCUCCAUAGAGCGACUGGAGCUUCAGUCUCUCCUUUCUCUUCAGCUCAGCCGCCAGCGAAGGCUUGAGUACCUUUGUCAGAUGGCCCAGGACAACGGCGCUCAUGAUCCACUCAACAGUCUGACCUCUGACAGCACCCCAAGCUCCCCUUGUGCCCACAUUCACCUCAACACUCCCACCAACACCAGUGCUCGCCAAGUGGUUCGCUUCUUGGUGAGCACCCAGCAGAUCUCCACAGAGGAGUCUUCCUCCUUUAGCCCGGUGGUUUCUAAUGCUCAGCUUCCUCUGAAGUCUGCCUUGAAAACUGUGUUGGCCAUCAGCGAUGCAGAGACGGCAAAUAGCUCACAGACCCUCUCCUGUGCCGAUCAAGACAAGGAGCUGCUGGAGAGUCCGGUCGGGUCGGCCUCUCCUGACAAAACACAGCCCAAGCCCAAACGAGUGAGGAUCUCCAUGGCGGAAUCUCCUGAAGUUGAAGACUGUAUGACUCCCUCAGAGAUAGCAGAGUGGGAGGAUCAGCAGCUCGAUCAGCUGGUAGAUUUUAAGAACUGCAAGAUUGAUCCUGCCCCCUUCCAGCUGGUGGAGCAAACGUCCCUGCAUAAGACCCACACUAUCUUCUCUCUGCUGGGCCUGGAUCACGCAUACGUGACCAGCAUGGGACGGUUGGUUGGAGUGGUCUCUCUUAAAGAGCUGCGUAAGGCCAUCGAGGGCUCAGUAACAGUGACUGGAGUGAAAGUACGCCCUCCUCUGGCCAGUUUCCGUGACAGUGGGAACAGCACAAGCGUAUCCGAGGUAACAGAACUACACAAGCUGUGCAUGCGUCACAGAGGGCUGUCCUUGCCACGGGAACCCAAACCUCCAAACACACCGAAAAAGCUGGACCUUUCAUUUAAAGAUGUCCCCAUCAGGUUCUCAGACAAGACUCAUUUGGAGUUUGAAAACAGCGACACCCAGUUGUCAAACCUCGUUCUUCAGGAAAGCCCCUCAUUCGCGGAGGACCAAUCAGAGUUUACUUUUGACUGCAGUCCAUCUCACACUGAGGAAUCAGAGCUGGGCUGUGACCAAGACCCCAUUGAUCCAACACCAGAGCCGGAAUUAGAAUUAGAGGAAGAGCACAUGACUCUGCCUCUAAACAUGGAGCAGUCUGAACCUGAGGGAGAGGGUAGCACUGUCCACACUACGGACCAAUCACAAUGCUAAUCUAAUGCUCACCUAUACUACCGCCUCAUAAAUGUAUCUGUUUCUUCAAUUUGUAUCAGUCCAGUCUUGACACUUGUGUUUCUAACCUAGUGAUGUGAGCAAAUGUCUGUUGAAAAAAGAGCAAAGCUGUUUUUUUUAUUUGCUAUCUUUAUAACAGCCAUCAGAUUUCUUAUGAAGACCAAAUAUUACAUUAUUUCCAAAAAUGUCCACAUUAUGGUUCAUCUAAUGUUGAAAACAUUGAAUGUCUCAUGCAUACAUGGAGGUAAAAUAAGUUGCAUAAAGCUUAUUUUCUCCUGUAUGCAGCUGAUUAAAUAUGUAAAUGAGAAACAGGAAAGCUAGUCAGAAAGCUUGAAGCACAACGCUGCGAUACCUUCUCCUCACAAACUGCACCAAACUGAAUAUUCCUAACUGAUUCCCAUUGUAGGAACUAACAGCACAAAGGCUUUAACAGGAAAGAGGACUUUGUUUUACUAUAAUUAACAGUUAAUUGCCAUGUUGGUAGAAAAUCUCAUCUUCAUGGCUGCUUUGGCUCUUGAGAUUUUAUCAGAGUUCCUUCUGAAGAAGCCAGAUAUUUAUGAGAUUCCCUGAAUCCGGAUCACAAAAAAACUUCUUAUACAAUAAUUGUGGAUAGAACUGUUAUCUGUUUUUGGGGGGUUUCAGAUGUAUUCUGUGUCUAGUUGGCUGUAUUUUAUUUGAAUGACUUAAAAAAGCACUAAUGAUUGAGUAUGAACUGAGGACUUGCAGCUAAUGCAGCCGAGUGGCUGGUUGGCAAGUAUCAAACUAUCAAUGAGUUCAUUGCACUAUUCUUACCACCAAAACCUAUUUGAAAUAAUUCCUAUAGCAACUACAUGCUUUGAUAUAUUUCAUUGGGAUUUUAAGGAAAAAAGAAAAUAUAUAUUUUUGAAAUUACCCUGAUGAUAAAAAAUUGUAAUCACUGUAUGUCUCCUGUUCCAUCAUGCUGUUACUCAGCAUUCGUUUUUCAUCACACAUAGAGUUUUAAAUGCAGAGAGAUCAGUAUUGGUAUAAUCUCAUGGCUGCAAGUCUAACUGUGAUAAGGGACAUUUGUUGGAUUUUCUUCUUUUUUAAUAUCUCCUUCUCUGCAUGUAUCCAUAAAGAACAUAUAUUAAAUAUAGAAAGAAUAUUUGCUAUGUAGGCGGUUCUAGAAGGCAAUUUGUAAUGCCUGAUAUCAUCUAGUGGGAAUCUGUGAAAGAUUGGCUGAAUAAACUCCUAGAUCCUGUUCUCUUAACAAUUACAUGUUACUUCCUAAUUGAUUUUUCUCUUAAAAUCCCAAUGAAAUCUAUUGAAGUUUGAUGUUAUAACCAUCAUAAGUGCGAGUUAAAGGCUUAGGAAUGUUUUUUUUCUUUUUACUGUGAAUGUCAACAUGAAUGUUCCUUAGCACUUCAGGGAAGAUGUAACAACCGUUUGUUGAAGGUUUUAAUGCUUUGACUGACCCCUUUUUAAUUUAUAAUUUUAACACAUAAAGAUUUAUAAUUAUUUUCUGGUCUGAAAAAAUGGUCAAACAAACAAUUUUUGUUCAUAUCAUAUUACAUGUCAGUACUCAUUUUAUGUUCAUAUUUAUUAUAAUUAUUAUUAUUCAGUAAGCACAACAUUUAAGAGCAAUACCUUACAGUAAUUUUUUUAUCUGUGUGCCCAGGGUGAUAUUUUUUGGGAUGAGUCAAAAAAUUAAAAAAAGAAAAUACUUAUGUGAAUCGUACACAAGCCCUUGUUUUGCAAUGUGAGAAAAUUCUUGUUGUUUAUAAGUUGUGUGAUCAACGGGGACGUUGGGGCAUGGAUUGGCUCACCCAGGGCGAGAUUCAUGCAGGAAGUCAUUUGUGAAAGUCGGGUACCUAAGUUCUGCACCAAACAAGCCUCUC